AGAAAACGGGGCUGAAAGCGCUGCUGCAGAAAAAACGUUGCAGGAUGGCUGACAGUGAGCAACAAGAAGCCGUGAGGCGAUUCGAGGCGAAAGAGGGUAAGAUCCUUCAGGUGUGGUCUAUCCAUCCCACUCGUUGGUCCCUGUGUUGCCAUUCUGCUUUUCUGCAGACCGCAAGGGCGUUGUUUAUCUGUCCCAGGUGCCGCCCUACAUGCAGGUGGACAAGCUACGGCACACGAUGUCACAGUUCGGGCAGGUCGGACGCAUCUUCCUCACUCCAGAAGACGAAGGUCAGUCAGCACAACAUACGCUCACACACACACACACACACACACAGACACAUUCGGAUGGCUGGCCUGUUUCUUUUGUUGGCCCCAUCCGUCAAUCAGUGACGUUCGCGCGUCGUGUGAAGAGUGGCGGCAACAGGAAGCGUCGGUUCGUCGAUGGUUGGGUGGAGUUCCUCGACAAGCGAGUGGCCAAGCGUGUGGCGGCCUCCCUCAAUAACACCCCCGUGGGCGGCAGGAAGCGCCACAAUAUCUACAGGGACGACAUCUGGUGUGUGCGGUACCUCCCCAAGUUCAAGUGGCACCACCUCACCGAGCACGCCGUCUACAAGCGCAACGUCCGGCAGUACCGCCUGCAGGCCCAGCUUGCUCAGAGCAAGAGGGAGGACCAGCACUACCUCGAGCAGGUCGAGAAGGCCAGGCGCCAGGCAAAGAUACAGCAGAAGAGGUCUAUGAAGGAGGCCAAACGUGUUGAGGCUGAAGGCGAAGCUGACGACGAUGCGGUUGGGAGGGAUGAGGAGAAGGAGGAGGAGAGGAAGGACAAGAUGCGGAGGCUUCUGGCGAGUCUGAAAAGAGCCGCUGCUGCUGAUGAAAAUGCACUAUCAUCCAGCAGCGGGCGUCCGACGGGCAAGAGAAAGCUUGCCGAGGCCUUCAGGGAAGAAGCGCGGACGGGGGAGGGGGCAGGGAGGGGCCGAGAGACCGCCGCUCCUGACCAGCCCAUCGACAUAUCGCUGCUGAAGCGAUUUGCUGCUUGAGUAUGCUUGCUUUUGUCCGGACCAUGUACGGCUCUUUUCGUGCCUAGAGGG